UUUAGUUAUAGUUGUCACUGUCAGCUGUCAAAAUUUUUGGAUGUCAAUAUUAGAAAAAUGGCUGAGGUUCACUUAGCUCGAAAACAAGAUUUGCCCCCUCAGGGGGGCUACCAGCCAAUUCCAUAUAAAAGAGUUCCCGCAAAAACAUUUUUUAGUGGAUAUACUAUGUUUGCGGGGUACCUGGGCAUGACAGCUGGAGCACUAUACCUGUACUAUCUGAACUACAAGGAAAUUAAGAAGCAUGAGAUCGAGAUGCGGUCGAGCAAGAUGGCGAUAUACCCAAUGCUGUUGGCGGAGAGGGACAGGGCUUACCUGAAGCAGCUCCGUAAGAACCGCGACGCGGAGGCUGAACUUAUGAAGGAUGUGCCUGGAUGGGAGGUUGGCACAUUUUAUGGAGAGAGGGUAUACAAACUCCUUCCUCCUGACACAUUGGUAGAACCGAUUUUCCAUGAGUACUAUGCCCACUCUGAGCCGAAGGAGUGGUUCAGGAGAGCAUGCUUGAAGCUGCGUUCUUAAAUCAUGUGUUAAUGGUGAUUCUUACUCCCUCUUAUCGGAAUGUGUAGCUGAAAGCACCUUAUUAUGCUAUACAAAAUAAGCCAUACAAUUUCAUGGUAUGUUGAAGGAAAAGCAUCAAAAUCUGGCAAGUUUUGUAGUGCUCAAAUAAUUCAAACAACAGCUCAUUCAAACUCGAACUGUUCUUGACAGAAAAAUGGAGAUUUUAUGCUUAAAUAUUAUUUUUGUGCUGGAAGUUCAUUAUGUAAGUUACAUAUCUUGCAAAGAACCACAAGUAAAAAAGCAGAAUCCUCACAAAUAAAGUAAGAAUCACCAGUGCUUUAGUGCAAUCUGGCUGCCACAUUGUGAAUGAACUUUUCAUAUGUAAGAGCAAGUGAAAUCACGUUAAUUUAUGUAGUUGUUAAGAGUAAAUGAAUACAUGCAGUCGACAAAU